GCUGAUGAACAAAAAGCAAUUUAAACAAACUUUAAAAAGAAUAGUAAAAAAAAUUAUAGAGAGAGAUGGAAGUAGUGCAAGUGCUUCACAUGAAUGGUGGAAAUGGAAAAACUAGUUAUGCUCAAAACUCAUUGCUUCAGCAAAAGGUGAUAUCAAAAUCAAAGGCAGCAAUAAAGGAAGCCAUGACCGAUCUCUAUAACAACAAUUUUCCAAAAAGUUUAGCCAUUGCCGAUUUCGGUUGCUCUUCAGGGCCAAACACUCUAUUUGCUGUAUCUGAAAUCAUCGAAGCAGUAGAGAAAAUUUGUAAAGAUCUGGACCGUCAAUCAUCAGAAUAUAAUGUGUUCUUGAAUGAUCUUGCCAACAAUGAUUUUAAUACUGUUUUUAAGUACUUACUGCCAGAUUUUCAAACAAAAAUGAAAGAAUAUACUAAAGGGCAAUGUUUCAUUUCUGGAACCCCUGGUUCCUUCUAUGGUAGGCUUUUUCCUGCCAACACUCUUCACUUUGCGUAUUCAUCUUGCAGUCUCCACUGGCUAUCGCAGGUUCCAAGAGGAUUGGAGAGUAACAAAGGAAAUAUAUACAUAAAUAGAACAAGUCCACCAAACGUUUUUGAGGCAUAUUGUGGCCAAUUUCAAAAGGAUUUUUCCAUGUUUCUGGAGAGUCGCUCGGAGGAGAUGAUAUCAGGAGGACGCAUGGUAUUAACUUUUGUUGGAAGGAGAAGCACAGAUCCAUCUAGCAAAGAGUGUUGCUAUUUUUGGGAGCUUUUGGCUAUGGCUCUCAAUCAAUUAGUCUCAGAGGGAAUGAUCGACGAAGACAAAUUUAAUUCCUUCAACAUUCCUUUCUAUGCACCAUCUCCAUAUGAAGUGAAAUGUGAGAUUGAUAAGCAAGGAUCCUUCAUCAUUGACAAAUUGGAGCUUCAUGAACAUAAUUGGAAUGAAUGUCUCAAUGAAUUUGAUCCCUCGGAAGCUACAGAGGAUGUGGGAUAUACUUUUGCAAACUGCAUAAGAUCUGGAAUGGAGCCCCUUAUUAUCAACCACUUCGGUUUUCAGGAAGCCGUUAUCGAUGAGGUUUUUAAUCGAUACUCAUCGAUCGUCAAAGAUUGCAUGGCAAAGGAGAAGAAUGAGUUUGUCUAUUUAACCUUAUCCAUCACUAAAAAAGAUGACUAAGUUCAAUUCUAUUUUCUGUCAAAAAUAAGACAAGUAAUAUGAAAUAUGUGUGCUUUGUAUGAAUAAAUAUGGAUUUGUGCUUUAUUAGUACAGAUAAUAAGGCAAGUAAUAUGAAAUAUGGUAGUGCUAUUCUAUGAAUAAA